AUGAAGUUCUUCAAGGCAGUUGCAGCUUUCGGCUUUGGUUUGGCGGCAGCUCAAGAUGAUGCGUGCCACACCUCACACAAGGCAAAGGCAGACUGUACUGCUGAUGCCAAGUGCACUUGGUGUGAGGCAGCAGCCGUGCCAAGCGCGUGCUACACCAAAGAGGACGCCCAGAAGCUUCCGCCGGCCGUGUUCACCUGCGCCACUCGCAGCCGCCGAUCAGAGUUGUUGCCACGUGCCGAGGUUGAGAAGCUUGGCGUUGUGUGGCGAGGCAACGCCACGACCCAUCAGAGUUCUCACGACCUCCUAGAGGCGACUGAGUUCCCCUCUGAUUUCAGUUGGUGCAACAAGGAUGGCAAGAGCUAUUGCACCAUGUCGCGCAACCAGCACAUUCCCCAGUACUGCGGCUCCUGCUGGGCUCAUGGGGCAAUCUCGGCUCUUGGCGACCGAAUCAAGAUUGCUCGCAAUGCUCAAGGCGUUGACAUCAACCUUGCCGUCCAGCACCUGCUCAACUGCGGUGGCGUCGGCUCUUGCAAGGGAGGCAGCGUUGAUGGCCCUUACCAGUGGCUGUUGGAGCUCUCCAAGAAGGGCACCGGAAUCAGCUACGAGACAGCCAACCCCUACGUGGCCUGCAGCUCGGACUCGGACGAGGGCUUCUGCAAGCACGUGGACACGUCCUGCAAGGCGCUGAACGUUGCACGCACCUGCGGAAGCUUCUCACAGGAGGGUGGGCCUUGCACCGGCCUGGGCGAGUUCCCCAACGCCACCAUCUCGGACUACGGCUCCAUCAGUGGUGCAGAUGCCAUGAUGAAGGAGAUCUUCCAUCGUGGUCCGAUCUCGUGCGGCGUUGACGCCAACCCAUUGCUCAACUAUGAAUCUGGCAUCAUCAAGACGAAGGGCGAGGGUGUCGAUCACGUUGUGUCCGUGGUUGGCUGGGGCACUGACCCGAAGGAUGGCAUGUAUUGGAUCGUCAGGAACUCGUGGGGCGAAUAUUGGGGAGAAAUGGGCUACUUUAGGGUGGCGAAGGGCGCGCUUCUCCUGGAGGAUCAGUGCUCUUGGGCUGUGCCGAGCAGCUUCACUGCUGCUGAGAAGAAAAAUCAGGUGCACUGCCAUGAGGGUGGUGACAACUGCAAGGCAAAGGACGUCGCACAGAUGGUCGUCUAA